GAUCAGUUUCUCAGUCGUUGGUUGGCAGCAGUUAACAACGAACGCAACGCAUACAUAAUUAAAACUCGUUAACAAUGUCAUCGCAAAUUGAAGAAUUGUACAAUUUCAUCUACCCGCUGGCCGUAAAAGCUGGCGAAAUUCUUUUGGAAGGCUACGAGCGUGAGGAGAAAAAUGUGGACAUUAAAGGUGCGUUCUACGAUGUUGUCACUGACUAUGACAACAAGAUCGAGGAGUUUCUCAUGAACAAAAUACUGGCCACGUAUCCAGAUCACAAGUUCAUUGGCGAGGAGGAGACGGCCAAGAAUAAUAACGUAUCGAAGGAACUGACAGAUGCGCCCACCUGGAUCAUUGAUCCCAUCGAUGGCACUUCCAAUUUCAUUAAACAAAUUCCACAUGUUUGUGUGUCCAUUGGACUGUCGAUCAACAAGAAAAUUGUUCUGGGCAUUGUGAAUAAUCCAGCACAGAAGAAACUCUAUACCACAAAGUUGGGACAGGGUGCUUUCUGCAACGGAAAGCCGAUUCAUGUGAGCAACUGUGAGCGCUUGAAGGAUGCCAAUGUGGCCUAUGAAGUGUCGCUCCUACAUGUGCACAAUGUGGCCAAUAAGCACAUUAAACGCAUCUAUCAUGUGGGAUUGCAUGCCAGACGUUUAUUGGCCUAUUCCUGCGUGGUGGACGAGUUGUGCAUGGUUGCCGCUGGCAACUUGGAUGCUUUCUACAUUGAGGACAUGUAUCCUUGGGACUGUGCUGCAGGCUCUUUGCUUGUGCAGGAGGCUGGCGGUGUGGUCACUGCGCCUUUUGGUACCCCAUUCGAUAUCAUGAAACCGGAUUUGAUUUGUGCCGGCAGCGAGAAAUUGCGCAAGGAAAUCGAAGAUCUGUUGCGCAAGGCAGACCUCGAGAAGUCUGUGGGAGGCGAUGAAGUCUAGCGCACAAAUAAAGAAAGACAAUCAAGAAAGCUACAGUCGAGUGUAGACAAAACAAUUAACUAUGACCAAGGCAACAGAGAUGUUGCAGCUGCCUUAUAUUGCUCUUUUAAAUUAAUUCUAAAAUAACUUGCAAGCUCAAUAAAAAUCUUUAGGACUCAUUAUGAU